AUGAAUUCAAAACGUUUUCUAUAUAUAUUAUUGUUAACAUGUAAUGAGAAGUGUAAUAUGAAUAUAAAUGAAGAUUUUUUAAUUGAACAAUUAAACACUAUUAGCAAUGAAUUCAAUGUAUUCGAUGUUAAAUUGAAUGUACUUGGCCUAGCUGGAUUAAAUUAUGUGAUUUAUCAAGAUAAACAAAUGUUAACUGAAUAUAAUUGGCCAAAAAUAACUACAGAUACAAGAUUACUUGUCAAUUUGAUUCAUGAAUUUUUUCAUACAUUUAUACGAUCUUAUUCAAAUGAUUUUUCAUGUGGUACACCUCAUCGAGCAGAAUCUUUAGAAGGUGGAUAUUUGUUUGAAAAACAAGUUUUUGGUACAAUAAAGUACAAUUUUUGGUAUGACAACAGUUGUUGUCAAUUGAUAUUUGAUAAAUAUACAUGGUCAUUACCAACAAAUAGCUGUUUAUUUACAAGUGAAAUGUUAGAAUUAUUCGAAAUUGUAAGUAAAAACGAUCGAAGAUUUCGUCGAAAUAUUAAAAAUAUACAAUUUUCUGGGAUUGAACGACGUAGUAAUAGAAAACUUGCAUAUGAAUAA